AUGCCUUUACAACAGGUGAGACGCUUAGAAUAUGCCGGACCUUAUGUUCCAAAGUACAAGCCCCUCCCAUCCACCGUCAAACUUUUAUAUGGCACGGCCCCCGUCGUGGGAAAACUCUCAGACGACGCUGAGGAAGCCGUGGUCAACUAUGGGCGACUCCUCGAGGCCAAAAACAAGCACAUCCGGAAGAGGACUUUCAAUCAAAAUUUUUUCAACGACUUUCGGGCCCUACUCACACCACGUCAACGGGACCAAAUCCGUGAAUUUCGAAAGCUAAAUUUCGGCCAGAUCACCGUUCACCUCCGGCGCCUGAAGGAGGCGAGUUCCACGCCGGCCGAGAAGAAGAAGAGGAAAGAGACCAAUGACCAGCUAAAACAGCGACACGGCGUUUGCAAGAAGAACGGGAAGGUGGUGGAGGAACUUGGCGUGUGGAUGGUGGAACCCUCCGGAAUUUUCAUUGGUCGUCCCGAUAACCCAAGACAUGGGCGAAUCAAGCUUCGCAUCCGUCCUAGCGACGUGGUCGUGAACUGCAGUGGAGCCUGUCCACCUCCUCCUUGGGGAAAUUGGAAGGCACAGAUAUUCGACCCGUCUCAAGCCUGGGUGGCAAAGUACACUAACAACUUAAAAGCCAUUAAAUACAUUUUCCCAGGAAUCGACUCCAGUGUUAGGAAACACAGCGACGUGGCCAAGUUUGAGGUGGCACAAUCGCUGGGUCGUAGGAUUGCAGGGGUUCGUAAAACCUAUGAAAAAUUGAUCGCCAUGAGACUGAUCGACAACUUGGGCUCGCCAUCUACUUCAUUGACAGAAAUUGGGAACGAGAAAGGGCCCGACGCCGCAGACACGGUUGGGUGCACGACUCUCCGAAAAGAGCACAUUUCCCUGAAAUCAAGGCACAAGGUCUGUCUUGAUUUCAAAGGGAAGGACUCGAUCAGGCUGAAAAAAGAGUUUGAAAUCUCUCUCCCUGUAUUCAACGCCAUUUCCAGAAAUAUUAGACGCAAACGGGAACGAGAUCAAGUUUUCGAUUUAAUUCAGGCACAAACCGUGAACAAAUACCUGAAAGAUCUUGGGGACAAUUACUCUGCAAAAGUUUUUCGAACUUUCAAUGCAUCCAAAACUUUUGACGACAAACUCCACAUGCAAAAAAUGAGAACACCUAAAAAGAAACUCACAAUAGCGGACAAGUUAUUUAUUUACAAAAAGGCAAAUCUUGCCAUUGCAAAAUUGUGUAAUCAUCAGAAAACGGUCAAUACGAAGCUAGCAAUGCGUGCUUUGGGUGGACAAAAGUUGAACCGACAGAAGAAGCAGGACAAGCUGAGGAUCUUGAAGGAAAAGCUGAAAGGGAAAGUGGGCAUCCAGAAAUUGCUUUGUCAACGGCAAAUCAGCAAGCUCGAGGAGAACAUUAAAGAGUUAGAGACCCGAAUUUACCUGAAGGACGAGGGGAUGGAGUAUGCUCUUGGAACUUCGCAAGCCAACUAUUUGGACCCUCGAAUCACUGUGGCUUGGUGCAAGAGAAACAAAGUUCCUCUGGAGAAAGUUUGGUCGGCAAAUCAGAGGAAAAAGUACGUCUGGGCAAAUAAGGCAACCUCACAGUUUAGGUUUUAA